UUGCCAAGGGCCGAGCUAAAAUACGCUGUUGCGGGGCGGGCGUACUCGGCUUGUUGUAUAAUAAGGCAAGCAUGAGUGCAUCGGUGUGUCAGAGGCUUUGGGGAACAGUACGGUCCGGUUGUAGAUACAUCCAGCGCACAGCAACCGCCGCAAUGCCCAUCCAGGUCGGUGCCAAGCUGCCUUCUGUCGAAGUGCACGAAGGGGACCCCCACUGUGUCGUCAACAUCGCAGAGCUCUUCAAGGGGAAGAAGGGCAUUCUGAUCGGAGUGCCGGGUGCUUACACACCGACCUGCAGUAAAGAACACCUGCCCAGUUACGUGCAGGGCUACGACAAGCUGAAGGCGAAGGGUAUCGACAUCAUCGCCUGCAUUGCCGUCAACGACGCCUUCGUCAUGAAGGCCUGGGGCGACGACCAGAAGGUUGACGGGAAGGUGCGGAUGCUGGCUGAUCCGACUGGCGCCUUCACACGGGCCGUGGACCUGGAGCUGGAUAAGGAGCAGCUGAUCGCCGCCCUGGGAAGCAAGCGCUGCAAGAGGUUCGUGAUGCUGAUUGACGACGGCGUGGUGAAGAGUCUAAAGGUGGAGCCGGACGGCACCGGAGUGAGUUGCAGCCUUGCUCGACACGCUGAGGGCCUGGUCUGAGGCCUCCCGCGGGCUGGUGAGGUCAGCUGAACCUGGUCGCUCAAGACUGAUAGAAUCUGCAGUGCCAGGUGGCGUCUUACAAUAAAAAUCAUCCCCACUGGA